GAUGGUAGCCUUUAACACUUUCUCCAAGCUCUGUGUAGUUGUCGCAUUCGGGCUCUCUGCCACAGUCACUGCUACCGAUGUAGCCCAGGAGCAACCCAAGAAGGAAUCGUUCUUAAGCAGAUUCUUUGGUAAGAAAGACGAAGCUGCCACGGAACCAAUGGACAUGCAGAAACAAGAGAAUAUCGAGUCUCAAGAACACAUUAAUACAACAGGACCAUCCAACCUUUCUGUUGAAUGGCUUCUCUUGCCCAGGCGCGAAAACAGAAGGGCCCUAACUUAUUUGUUACCAGAUGAUUUAGCCUCAAAGGUCCCAAUGCGCUACAUCAAGCCACUAGACUCUGAGCUGGAAGAACGUAUUAGAGAGUUUUUUUCAUUGAGUGCUAAAGAGCAACUGCAAAAGCGUCUAGCUUCAUAUGGUUUCCAACAAUAAAU